CAGGCGGCGCAGGCGCGCACUGCUCUUCCUGAAGCGCGGGAGUCUUGGUUUUGUGGUGGCUUCGCUUUGGCCGCUCUGCCGCCACAGCCGUUGGUGGCUUCACUUCCCGGAGACUUCUAGGCCAUCUGAGGCGACAUGGUUGCAGGCGACAAAGCAGCAGGCGGUGGCAAUGCAGGGCCUGCCGCGACCUCAGGCUGUCUGUAGGCAGCGACCCUUUGGGCCCUCAGCCGCUGGGGCCUGCGCUUUCUUCCUGUGAAGUCACCGUGCCUUUCCGCGAGGAUGAGUUCUGCAUGGGUAACUUCUUUCGAAAAGGAGCAUCUCUGGAUGUACCUUCAGGCGCUCGGCUUCGAGCCGGGCCCGGCUACCACUGCCUGUGGAAAGAUCGUGUCGCACACGCACCUCGGAGUGAACAUGUUUGAUAAACUGAACCGUGAUGCCUUUCAGAUUGUUUCUUAUUUUUUGUUUCAAACACUGGACCAGUCUCUCACCAAAGAAGUUUUCAAAUUUUGCUGGCCUCCAUUUGACCAAAAAAGUGAAACUGAAUUCCGGAAACAUUGCUAUGAAUGGUUAAAAAAGAUUUCUGCUGAGUGUGGAAGUAGCUUUCCUCAAGUUGUUGGCUCCUUGUUUCUUUCUCCUGGUGGUCCUAAGUUUAUUCAUUUGAUGUAUCAUUUUGCAAGAUUUGUUGCAGUAAGAUAUAUUAAAAAUAAUUCAAAAAAUUCUUCAUAUUUUGUACAGACAUUUAACCUAAAGCCUCAAGAUUUGCACAAAUGCAUUGCCAGAUGCCAUGUAGCACGUAACAGAUUUUUACAAAUUUUGCAAAGAGAAGAUUUUGUUACUCAAAAAUAUCAGGAAAAUGCACAAUUAGCAGUUAAGCAAGUGCGAAGUUUGAGAUCAGAAUGUAUAGAACUACAAAAUCAAAUAAAAAGCAUGGAACCCUAUGAUGACCAGAAUAAUAUAGAAGAGAAAAUUCAAAAGGUUAGGUCUUUGUGGGCUUCAGUGAAUGAAACACUCGUGUUUUUGGAAAAAGAGAGAGAAAUUGUUAGUUCAGUCCUUGGUAUUGUUAACCAGUAUGCUCUAGAUGGAACUGAUAUUGUUAUUAACAUUCCAACGCUCUUACUCGACAAUAUUGAGAAACAAAUGUGUCAGUUCCACAUAGGAAGUGUUUAUGAGUCUGGAAAAUUGAACCUGUUAACAGUUAUUCAGUUAUUAAAUGAAGCCUUGAAAGUAAUGAAAUAUGAACGUUGUCAGGAUGACCAAGCAAGAUUGACAAUAGACCUUCACUACCUUGAAAAAGAGACCAAAUUUCAGAGGGAAAGAUUAUCAGAUCUGAAGCAUAUGAGGUAUAAAAUAAAAGAAGAUGUCACAACUAUAAGACAAUCUAUUGUUGAAAAGCAAGCAGAAUGGCAUCAGAAGUGGAAGGAAUUUCUUGGUCUGUCUCCUUUUAGCCUAAUUAAAGAUGGUACUACAGCUGUGGAUCUUUUACCGCCUAUGUCUCCCCUUUCAUUUGAUCCUGCUUCAGAAGAAGUAUAUGCGAGGAGUAUUCUUUUUAAGUAUCCUGCUUCACUUCCAGAUACACCUAAGCAGCAUAACCAAGAAAAUGGUUGCAGAAGAGAUAAAGAUGCUCUGGGACCUGUGCAUGAUCUAACUGACAGCCCUGCCUCUUCUUUUCUGUUGCAGCCAGCUUCAUCAUUAGACAAAAACAAUGUUUCUCUACUUAAAAAGGACACAAAGAUGAGAACUCCCAAAGAGAAAAAUGAAAUAAUAUCAGAGUUCGAAGAGGAAGAUUCUCUGUUACCAAAUAUUGCAAAAAAUACAGAGAGUAGUGCAUUUGGAGUGUCUGUGCCUGCCAACAGUGAUCCAUUCCAAAAAGAGCAAGAUCAUCUGGUAGAAGAGGUUGCAAAAGCAGUUUUAUCUGAUUCACCACAGCUCUCUGAAGGAAAAGAAGUAAAAUUAGAGGAACUGAUUGACUCUCUAGUUUCUAACCCCUUCUUAACAAGGAACCAAAUUCCCCGAACUCCAGAAAACUUAAUAACUGAAAUUAAGAGCUCAUGGAGAAAAGCUAUUGAAGUGGAAGAUAAUGGAAAUGUAGAACCAAUUCUAAUGGAUACUGAACAAAAAGAAGUAUUGUCAGAAUCUUCACCUGUGUUACAUAAUCAAAGAGAAUUUAGCAUGGCCGGUUUCCUCUCAGCAACCACUGUGUCAGAUUUUGGUCCGUCUCAUUUGUCAGAAGAGAAAGUUGUUUCAGAUUGCCUUAGUGGUACACCCCAGAAGCAUCUAGAGACCAGUCACAUAGGUGAAUUACCAGCACAAAAUCAGUCAGAUUUGUUAAAUAGGAAAAUAACUUGCAAACAAGAAGUGGGAUGUGCAGCUUUACCCACCGAACUUUCAGAAAGUAGCCAAAUAGAGACAUUUUCCCCUGCUGUAGGUGAUAGGACAGAUGUGAUGGGUAUCAGGGGAGAAGACUAUGUUAAAAUAUUGGACCACUCACAAACUUCUUAUGAUGAACCUUCCAUGCAUAAAACCAUGUUAUGGAACUCUUUUCAAAUAUCAAGUGGUAUUAGUUCCAAGAGUUUAAAGGAUAUGGAUUUUGGGAUAUUACAUGAAACUCUUCCUGAAGAAGUUGGUCACUUAAGUCUUAAUAGUUCCCGUAGUUCAGAGACUAGUUUUAAAGUGGAACCUCAGAGUCCUGUACACAGUGGCAUUUUUCCAGCAGAUACUCUGGGAGAAAGACGGACUAUUCCAGAAUCAGACUUCAAUUUACAGGCUAUUUGCAGUAGUUUUGAGGCUCGGAAGAAAUCUCUUUCCAAGAAAAGAGAAGAAUUGUACCUCUCUACUCCUGAAAUACUUGAAAGACACAAACCAGAAUUGAGCCCGACUCAGCAAAACAUGCAAGCAGAUGAUUUGCUUAGCUUUCUGGGCACUCAUGAUUUGCACAGUGACUAUUCAAAACCAUCUUUACGUGUGUCCCUUGGUGAAAGAAAACGGUCUCUUUCACCACUAAUUAAGUUUUCUCCAGUGCAACAAAGAUUGAAGAGCACAAUACCAUGUGGUCUUGGAGAAUUUCUGCCGAAUUUAAAAGAAGAAGAGAUCUUGGGAAAGAGCCUUGAUGCAGAAGAACCUCCAUCUGACUUGACAACUUGAAGCAGUUCCCAGUUAAUAUAACAUGAUGCACUUAAAGGGAAACUUUGUUAUGGAACAGAAACUGAUUUAUAACUUAAAUACACAUUGGACGUGUAACACUCUUUUUCAAGAUCUAGGAAUUGUAAAUGCUUUUUAGCUGUCUGUAAAGUUUUUAGGUAAAGAAAGUGUAUUUGGAUUUCGUCUUUGUAGGGAGAUGGGGUUGAGAUGUGAAACAGAAGGAAAGCAAAUGUCAAAGUUGUGGGAAACCAUUUUGACUUGAAUAAUCUUGAAAGUAUUAAGUAAGUGACAAAAGUAGUAGUUUAAGUUAUGGAAUUAUAGUUUCAGUUAAUUGAAAUAAGGAUGACUAGUUUUGGUAUACUUUAUUAAGUGGUUAAUAUAAUAGCCAUUGAAUAUAGUGAUCUUUCAUUUUAGAGAAACCACUUUUAUUAGAUCUUUAUGAAACAUUCUUGUCCUUACCCAAAAAAAGUGAGAGAAGUGGUAUCUUGGGAUAUGUUGGCAAGAUGACAGAUUUUAAAAUUGGGAAAGCUCUAAACAGGAUUAAUGAUUAUUCAAGUAGAUUGAUCCUGAGAAAUGGUAUUUGAUGGAAUAAAGUGCAUGUGAAGAUAAAUGAAGAUGGGGGCAGAAUGAAUUUGGAAAAAAGGUGGAAGCAGGUGGCUCGACACCUAAGGAACUUUAUCAACUUAUAAAUCCAUUCAGUGGGUUGUCCAUUAGAUUUGUAUUUAGUCUAAUUUAGACAUUGAGAGUUUAAUUUAAUCCUAGUUUUAUAUUUUAACAAAAAUAUAAAUUAAAAAUUAAUGAGCCUGUUUUGUUGUUGUUGUUAUUCUUUUGCAAGGUGGGGAUGCUGUUUUCAGGAACUUAGCUAGUUUCCAUUGUUUACUGCUCAAAGCCCUUAACAUUUUCUGCUACCUGUGCAGGGUUGGGGAAUGUCUGGCCUGCAGGCCAUAGAGGGCUUGCAAAAUAAUUUGGUCUGGUCCUGCCAAGGCAACUGCAGGCAAGACUUGAAAUUAACUAAAUUUAUAGCAGGCUAAUUUUUAAGUUGAUAAUGGCCCCUGGCAGAGAAAAAGUUCCCCACCUCUGCCUUAUAGAAUAGCCCUCGAAUAACUUGAGAAAACUGAAUGUGGGGUAAAAUAACUUGUAAUGCAUAUAUAGUCCGGCCUAACUCCAUGAGGCCCUGUAGCCCAGAAGUCUUGUCUGUAUCUAAGUGGACACUUCUGUAGACCAAGUGGAAUGAAAUAGGCACUGCCAGGGUGAUGGCGCCUAUAGUACCUUCUGUAGAGCCCUAAAUCGUAAACAUGAAAUAAAACUAGUAAUGAGAGAAUAGCUGGGAGUUCCAGAAGGAGACUGGCCUAAUAGUUCAUCUCUCUUCACUUAUCUCAGAUUGACUUUCUUUAAGUUGUUUGUUGUGUUCCAGUUUGAAGACCAGUCUUAAUGUAAGAAGAGAGAGAAGAAAGCUCUUCAACUAUCCUUUUUGCUAUGGAGAAGAGAGAGGAAGAGAAAAUCUAAAGUGUUACAUUCCUUCAUUAAUAUAACAAAUUAGAGACUCUGCCACUUUACCAAGAAACCAUUCUCUAGUCUGCUUUAUGCAAACUCAUUAUCCAAAAUGAGUGUGUUAGGGAGGAGAUACAUAUUAACAUCUGAAAAGUGUGGAGGCCAUUGUUAGAUACUUAAUACAUAUUAUUUCAUUUAAGUGUUGUAACUUUAAGAUUGCAGUUAUACCUGUUUUAGAAAUAAUUUACUCAGCUAGCAAGCUUAAAUGACUUUCUGAGAGGUUGGUGUUACGGCACAGCGGGUUAAGCCAUUGCGUGAGAUGCCUGCAUCCCAUAUUGGAGUGCUGGUUUGAGUCUCAGCUACUUGCUUCCUAUCUAGCUUCCUGCGAAAGUGCCUGGGAAGGCAGCAGAUUAUGGACCAAAAACUUGGUGUUUUCUUUUUUUAAGAUUUAUUUAUUUAUUUAUUUAUUCGAAAGGCAGAGUUACAGAGAGGCAGAGAGAGAGAGAGAGAGGUCUUCCAUCUGCUGGUUUAGUCCCCAAUUGGCUGCAAUGGCCAGAGCUGGGCCAAUCCAAAGCCAGGAGACUGGAGCUUCUUCCAGGUCUCCUACGCUGGUUUAGGGGCCCAAACACUUGGGCCAUCUUCCACUGCUUUCCCAGGCCAUAGCAGAGAGCUGGAUUGGAAGUGGAGCAGCCAGGACUUGAACUGGUGCGCAUAUGGGAUGCUGGCACUGCAGGCG